GCUGUGCGGGUCAAGAAACAAUCAUGGCGUCCUCGGCGCCAGAUGCUACCUACCUGGCCUUGCUGGGUUUGGCCGAAGAAUUCCGCACGAUGAGCCCCCCUAGCAUGAAGAACUGCAUCCGAUGUCUGUUGGCCAUCUUCCAGUUGAACCCAGCGCCGAGGGUCGAGGCCCUGACGCACCUUCAGCUGGGCAUGAAUUUGCUCCAGUACACGAACAACACGGAUCUGGCGCAGUCCCAUUUGGAGAAGGCGUGGUACCUGUCACAGAAUAUCGCGGGCUUGGAUGACGUCAAGUUUCAAGCGGCGAACGCCCUGGCGGACCUCUACGAGAAAAGGAACCAGACAGCGGCAGCCAAGCAGAUCCUGACCAAGGCCAUCGAGUCUUCGAGGCACACCACCUUCUGGCACUGCAGGCUCAUCUUCCGCAUUGUGCAAAUCUUUGCCACGGAGCGGGACUAUCACAGCGCCUGCAGCUUUCUGGGCAUGGGGGCCGAGUACUCCCACAUGGCCGGGGCCCACUACACCCGCAUCCUCUUUCUGCUCAGCGAAGGCAUGCUGCUGAUGGUGGACCGGAAGCUGUCGGAGGUGCACCAGGUGCUGAACCAAGCGGGACAGCUUGUGGAGGCCUGGCAGGGCUCGAUGCACCACAAGGAGGCCCUCAAGGUCUUCUUCCUGGUGCUCCAAGUCUGCCACUACCUGUCGGCGGGGCAGGUGAAGAGCGUGAAGCCUUGCCUGAAGCAGCUGCAGCAGGGCAUCCAGACCAUCACGUCCCUGCAUUCGGACGAGGAUGGGGUGCCCGCACACCCGGGGGACAUGUUCCACUGGAUGCCCAAGGAGCACAUGUGCGUGCUUGUCUACCUGGUGACGGUGCUCCACUCGAUGCAGGCUGGCUACAUGGACAAGGCCCACAAGUACACCGACAAGGCCCUCAUGCAGAUUGAGAAGCUCAAAAUUGUGGACAGCAACCCGAUCCUGCACUCAUUCCAGCUGCUGCUGCUGGAGCACAUCGCCAUGUGCCGCCUGGUCAUGGGAAACAAGACGCUUGCCAUCCAAGAGGUGUCGCAGGCUCUGCAGAUCUGCCGGCAAGAACCGCGCCUCUUUGGCCGGCACAUGCCCCAGUUGCACACACUCCUGGGCCUGUACGCCAUGUCCAUGAACUGUAUGGAGGCAGCGGAAGCGCAGUUCAGCAUGGUCCUGCGGAGCACGGCCUCCAUGGAGCUGCGCAUCCUGGCGAGCUUGAAUUUGGUGAUCGUGUACCUGCGCUGCCACCGGGAGAAGGAGCUCCAAGAGCUGCUGGCACGCCUCAACCCAGAGACCCUGCCGUCUGCGUCUCACAGUCUACGAGCGGCUGCCUACUACGUGCACGGGUUCAACGCCUUCUUCCAGGCACGCUACAACGACGCAAAGCGUUACCUGCGUGAGACACUGAAGAUGGCCAAUGCAGAGGACCUGAACCGCCUGACGUCCUGCUCCCUGGUGCUCCUGGGACACAUCUUCUUCUCCCUCGGCAACAGCAGGGAGAGCAUGAACAUGGUGACUCCGGCCAUGCAGCUGGCCAGCAAGAUCCCCGACGUGCACGUCCAGCUCUGGGCCUCGGCGCUGCUCAAAGACCUAUACCGGCUGUGCGGCCAGCCCGUGCAGGAGCAAGAGGCGAUCCAGACCCACGCCAACUUCUCCCAGCUGCUACUCAACGACCACUUCCAGGCCUCUCAACUGCCCGAGCACGGGCUCAUACAGUGGAUUGACGGAGAGCCACCUGUGAUGAACACCACCGCGGCUUCCACGAGCUCGGCCAUCCCCAACAUGCUGGCGUGCUGAAGAUGUUCGAGCCGCCGAGGAUCAUGGUCCUCCUUCAGGGAGCGGCUUUCACGAGCUCGGCCAUCCCCAACAUGCUGGCGUGCUGAAGACGUUCGGCCACCGAGGAUCAUGGUCCUCCUUCAGGGAGCGGCAUCAUUGCGGAGCCUGGAACGCGUCUCGAACUGGCGUGUUUACUGCGUCCUGAACCUGGCAAUGUGACAGCGGCCUCCGUGACGUCAUUUGUUGCCACUUCGGAACCGUUUUUGACGUAUUGGCAGGACAGGACGCUAAACAGACCAGUCAAAGACACGUUCCAAGUACGGUAGCUUCGGGCGCCAUCGAAAGGGAGCCAACCGGCUUCUCCACCUCGUGAGACGAGACAUUGACAUAAUCGUUCUACACCGCGAAAAGCUCUUGACGUGCCACCUGCAAAUGUGGGGGAGGAGAGAUAAAUGCACGUUUUCCAACAUAAUCACCUUUAAGCGUGGGCCCCGGCGGCCAAAAACCGCUGGUGGGGCCGCCAGCACUAUAAUCGUCCUCGGCCAAGCACGAUUUGUCAUAGACGAAAGGUCCGGUCACGUCGGGUCGUGGUUCCCGACGACGACCAUCAAUAAACGAUUACGUCCCGUUGAA